ACGCCUUUAUGAAUUACGUGGACAGGUCCAGGAUGGUCUCACACAUCAUCCCUGUUUCUGGGGAGCUGCAGCAGGGAAAUGGCAAUCUGGGCUCCGCAGGACUCAGCAGUAUGCAGGACUCUCCUCAUUCUCUGAAGAUUAAACAGGAGCCAUUUCAGCUGUCUCCGCCGUCACCACUGCCGCCUCUUCAUCAAGUGAGCGGUUUUGUGUCCGACCUGCAGAGCGGCUGUAUCGGCGGCAACGCGAAGGACCUCGAUUCCUCGUCGGUUCCUGGUAGCCUAGGCCGAGGUUUAACGUCGCAUCAUGUCUCCCUGAGCCACCAUCACCACCACCACCACCAACAUCAUCAUCCCCAUCACAGUUUGCACAGCCCCAGUUCCGUGGUCCCCAUGCACACCACCACCACUACCGCCACCGCUGGCUCGACGCACCAUCACCUGGACGACAAGGGCUCGUCACCCGUGGGCGCCCUUCAUAGUACGACCAAUAGCAAUCCCUCCACACCAUCCGCACCCUCCACGCCCACCACAGCCACUACCGAUAAUACUGUGGCCAACGUUGCGACCGGCACGACUAACAGCACCAACGGUGGUUCCUCGGCUGCGAACAGCAAACCACCCUUCAGCUACGUUGCCCUGAUCGCCAUGGCGAUACAGCAUAGCGAGCAUAAGAGGGCGACCCUCAGCGAGAUCUACACCUAUAUCACCGCCAAGUUCCCGUACUUUGAGAAAAACAAAAAAGGAUGGCAGAAUUCGAUCAGGCACAACUUGUCGUUAAAUGAAUGCUUUGUCAAGGUGCCCCGAGAGGGUGGCGGCGAGAGGAAGGGCAAUUUUUGGACGCUCGAUCCUCAGUACGAAGAUAUGUUUGAAAAUGGCAAUUACCGAAGACGAAGACGAAUGAAGCGUCCCUAUAGAAAUAAUCCGUAUCCCAAACCACUCUUCGGCGAUCCGUUCUCUACGACCCACAUGCUAGGCUCUAGGAACAUUUUCGGUCACUCACCCCCUUCAUACGCCCCCACUGCUUAUUCGCGAUACGAUACAAGUGCAUGGAGUCUCCAACAGCCACAACUCUCAUAUAGCCAUUGCCAAUCGCUACAGCCGCAAUUGCAGCCGAUGCAGUCAAUGCAAAUUCCGACUAUGAACGGCUACAGCCAACUGGGUACCUCGUUAAGUGAGUCACUAUUCUCGCACUUUGUACCUUCUUUUGUCGAGCGGGGUAAUGCUGAACGACCAGACAAAGCGUUUCAAGGCAAUUACCUGGAUGUUCCAGGUGGAACGACCGGAUCGCCCGGUUCCAUGGGCGGCGGCUCCUUCGGUAGCAGUUUCGCCGCGUGCGGCAGGAGGCACGAUUCCGCGAUGCCCGCAGAUGCAAUGUCUGGGAGAUGUUAUUGGCCCGAUAUGGUAAACGUGAAGGAGGAGCCCGGGACCAAUACCGUGUCGACCAGCGGCGUCGGCGUCGGCGUCGGCGUCGGCGUUGGCGUUGGCGUUGGCGGCGUCGGCGUCCCGUCCGGCAUGAUGGCCACCGCGGCGUCGUCAGGCGUCUCAACGACGGGAUUUUCGCCGAUGGAGUUCCAGACGCGUUCCAAGUGCUUUAUGUGAACACGAGAGGAACCACCGUUAAAUAGUAGCGCGUGCUACGUGACGAACCGACGUCGCGAGGAACGAG